GUUCGGGCAGUUCGGUGUCGUGACAGGAAGCCGUGACGUGCGAUUUCACGCUUCUUCGGAAAUUCCUCAAGUCUCAACCAACCUAGGCAGGUGGCCAGCGUCAUGAAAUUACGCGGGCGGUUUUGCACGGGAGCGGACCAGUUAUUUAGUGAGCGUACAGUGCGUAGCUGUGUUGGAUUAGAAGGCAGCGAAAAUAACCAGAUCCAAAACGUUAUAGCUUUUGGACGGACGUGGCGUGUGUGAAUGUGAUGCACGGACUCGACUGUCAACAACGUCCUCCCACUUCUCAUCGCCAGUGGAAGAUCGCGUAGCUGCUGCCAAGCUGCAGAUAUACUUUUUUGUUAGUUAGUUAGCUAGCUAGCUAGGAAGAAGAAAAAAAAACAUACCUGGGAUUCGUUACUAAGAUGAACAGGGAGCCCGCCUCUUGAUCGUGAUAAAUCUUUGUAUCCAAGUACAGAUCCAAGGCGCCAGUCGUGUCCUUAACGACAACUCUCACGAAAGAAAAUCUGUGGUUCUAGUUGGUUAUGUAGCGUUACCUGCAUGGCGAGGCACACAGCAGUCGUGGUUCUGCCCUUUUCCUUUAUGAUUUUCAGCAGCUAGCCUACUGCCCGACUAACGAACCUGGCUAGCUCACCGACCUCGGGACGUUAGCUUGCUGUUUCCGUCGGCGUAGCGAGCGAAGCUGGCGGCCCUCCGUUUGGAGACCGAUGAGAAGGAUCUAGGCACCAUGGCGUGGGUGCUGAAGAUGGACGAUGCUACCAUCGAGUCGGGACUGGUGCACGACUUUGAUGCCAGUCUGUCUGGUAUCGGACAGGAGCUCGGGGCUGGUGCAUACAGCAUGAGUGACGUGCUGGCACUGCCCAUCUUUAAGCAAGAGGAUGGGAGCAGCACCGGCGAGUCCGAGAGUAAGAACCCACCAUUUCAGUAUGUGCUGUGUGCUGCCACAUCCCCUGCUGUUAAACUGCAAGAGGAGACCCUCACCUACCUAAACCAAGGCCAGUCAUAUGAAAUUCGUUUGCUAGAUAACAGGAAAAUGGGGGAAAUGCCAGAACUCAACAACAAGACUGUGAAGAGUAUAGUGAGGGUGGUGUUUCAUGACCGAAGACUGCAAUAUAUGGAGCAUCAGCAGUUGGAAGGCUGGAAGUGGAAUCGCCCUGGUGACCGUCUCCUUGACAUUGAUAUCCCCAUGUGUGUGGGCAUCACAGAACCCCGAACCCACCCCUCCCAGCUAAAUGCAGCAGAGUUCCUCUGGGACGUCUCCAAGCGCGCAUCCGUGUUCGUCCAGGUUCACUGCAUCAGUACGGAGUUCACCCCCCGCAAACAUGGAGGUGAGAAGGGCGUGCCAUUCCGCAUCCAGAUCGACACGUUCCGGCCAGACGAGAAUGGAGAGUACACGCUGCACCUGCACUCUGCCAGCUGCCAGAUCAAAGUGUUCAAGCCGAAGGGAGCCGACCGGAAGCAAAAGACAGACAGAGAGAAGAUGGAGAAACGGACUGUGCAGGAGAAGGAAAAAUAUCAGCCGUCCUACGACACCACCAUACUGUCGGAGACUCGUCUGGAGCCUGUCAUAGAGGAGACUGUGGAGCAUGAGCUGAAGAAGUCAAGUAAGCGCACACUGCCUGCAGACUGUGGCGACUCCACAGCUAAGAGCAAGAGAGGCAGUUGUUCUCCCUGGCCUGAGAAUGCAUACGUGAGCCCAACUACAGCAGCUGCUCCAAGCUUCACCUCCAGCACACAGUCGUACAGCAGUGCCAGUGCUGUACCCGAGAGUGAAUCGUCUUCACCUAACCAUCAAGGAGAUGCUGGCAGCCAUGUCUCUGUGGAGUCUUUAAGCUCCACCGCUUCAAUGCAGGAUGUGCAGCAGUGGCUUCAUAAGAACAGGUUUAACUCCUAUAGUCGGCUUUUCACCCAUUUCUCAGGUUCUGAUCUACUGAAGCUGACUCGUGAAGAUUUGGUCCAAAUCUGUGGGCCAGCUGAUGGAAUCCGACUCUAUAAUGCACUAAAAUCAAGAUCAGUCCGGCCUCUGCUGACGGUUUAUGUGUGUCAGGACGUGUCUGAGAGUGAGAGCCCCCUGCUGGAGAGACGCUGCCACAGCAAGAACGGUGAACAUGGCAGUCCCACAGCCAUACACAUUUAUCAUGCGCUGUACCUUGAGGAGAUGACCGCUCGUGAGCUGACGAGGAAAAUAUCCUGUGUGCUGAGUCUGCCGCUUACCCAUAUCGGUCACGUCUACAGGCAGGGGCCCACAGGAAUACACAUCCUUCUCAGUGAUCAGAUGGUGUCUAAUUUCGCUGAUGAGAGUUGCUUCAUUGUCAGCACAUUAAAAGCAGAUGAUGCAAGCGAUGGUUUCCAUCUGGUGCUGAAGUAGUUACUGUGGGAGACUGAGGGGGGAAGCGCAUGGACACGACGCCGCUGAGCUUUCUCACCGCCGUUCUCGAGCACUGAACACACUCCAUCCGUCCUCUUUUUCUCCUUCUCGACUCUAUCUCCGUGUCUGAUACAAGAGAGAUUGAGCUGAGGGUGGCAGUGGCCUAACUGUUAGAAUCUGACUUCAGCGUGUAUGCUGUUUCAUAUUGAAACCCCUAGGUGUGUGUGUGUGUGUGUGUGUGUGUGUGUGUGUGUGUGUGUGUGUGUGGGUAGGAUGGCAGAGCUCUAUAGAGUGGGUGUGGAUGUGCUUAUAUGAUGUAUUGGGAGAAAUGCAAGGCUAGAAAAACCAGAGUAGCCUGAACCUUUCUGCAUAAGCAGGAUGGUCUUGGACAGUCUUGAGAGAGUGUGCAGCCUCCAGACUGUGACGCAGACCUGUAUCACUUUACAGUUCUGUGACAGUAGUUUACUCUGUCUUUGAUAGUGGCUGUGAUGGUAGAUUGACUGACAUAGAUGUCUAUCAAAAAAGGACUACAGAUUUUUUUAAUGACUUUUUCCUGGUUCAGUUGUUUUUUGUUUUUUUCCUGACGCAAGACACCUUUUGUGUCUGCACAGAAGAAAUGAUUCCUGUGUGAGUAUGAUCACCUGUAGCUUGUUUAUUGGCUGUCAACUAUGGAGUUUGGGUUGGGUUUUCAGCUCUUUUAAAUAAAGUUGUAAAUGACAAUGCUGCUUGUCUGCUUCUCCUACCAAGACCAAUCAUCUCUGGUGCCAUAAAAACAAACUAUUUACUAGAUCCUGUAACUCAGUAGCUUCUGAGGACUGGUAGAAAAAAGGUAGACCUUUUUUGAAGAGCUGUAUAAACGUGUCUGUUAACUGCUGAAGCUGUACUCAGCCUAGCAGAAGCCAAUCAAAGCAAGGUCUGUGUGGGGUUUUUUUUUUUUUUUGUUUGUUUUUUUUAACCCUCCCUUUUUCCCCCUCAUACAUUUAGGGACUGUUUAGUUGAUUUAUCUCAAUAGUAAUGCAUUGGGCAGCUGUGCUUUGGCAUGUACUGUGUCUUAUUUUUGCCACUAAGCAUGGAGGGCAGGAAUGUUGCCCUCUUUUAAUUCUGAAUGAAAGGACUGACCAAGUUUGCACUGAUGUGAGCAUACUAGAGUGUCACUGUGUUGGAUGUGAUCUGAAUCUGGUAUCAGGUAUGUUUGCCCCAUCCACUACCCCCCAAACUACCAUAAUGUUGCAACUAACAAAAUUAGGGGCUAUGGGGAAGAUUCAACACUCUUGCUCUCUGUAGAUCACAUGGGAUGUCCUCUUGAGUUUUCAUGACAACAAUUAUGGUACUUCCAUAUCACUGUAUGUAUAAGGAAGCCUCUCUUGUAUUGGAGGUUGCUGGGAUGUACAAAUUUCAUGCCUGUAUGAGAAAUAAAAUAAUUUUAAUACA